AUGGCCGACGAGCUGGGGGAGAAGUCCGCCAUUUCCUCCAUCCCCGGAGAGCUGGCGACGACGUUGCAGACGGCACAUCUACGACGCGAUCCAAACCUCCAGUUCGACGCGGCUCCAUCCACCGCCGCUGACAAAAAGGUCGUUGUCGUGCCCGACCCGGACGACGAGCCGCACGACGACGCCGACAACAUCGACGAGGAUGACAUCCCCUACAGCGUUCUCUCGCCCGCGCCUCGGCCUCGGCAACUCCCCCCGCUCCCCGACCUGCGCUUCGAGCAGAGCUACCUACGCAGCAUAGCCGGGGCGGACACGUGGUGGAAGGUGGUGCUGAUUACGACGAGGGACCAGGUAGGGACCCUCUGUGCUCGUCGUCGAAACCGUAUUGACGUGCCUUUGAUGCAGGUAAUCAUGCCCUUGGCCCAAGGCUUGAUCUACAACCUCCUCCUCUGCGGAUGGCAGCAGUGGAAUCGCAACGCCAGGCUGCAUGGGAACUCUGUAGGGGCGAGGGUUAGAAGGUGGUGGUACGGCGUGAACAAAUGGCCGAUAUCCAAACCCCACCACAGCAUGCGAUAG